AACUUAGCUAGCUGUAAUUGCUUGCGGUGAAAGGCAUGCUUUAAGUUUUGUAUUUGGCGUUUACGUUAAGUUCAAAAACCACUAAAGCUGAGCAGACCAGGAGAAAGCAGUAACAGUUUUCAUCACUGGAACAGUCAAGAGUGCACCUGAGUGACCCUGUUACGUUGGCGGCUGUGAGGCAGAUAGCCAGCACACCCACCGGCCUCAAUAUCACCCUCUUAUCUGCCUUGCUAGACCAAAUAGCCCUCACAGUGUACCAGCAGACUCGACAGGAGAUAUGACACGAGCAUCAAUCCCUGAGGUCGCAGCAAAGAGAACAAACUUCUUGGUCCGAGUGCCAUCGAUGUUCGUCCACUCUGUGCCACGUCAACCUGUCAGAGAGAGAGAGAGGCAGAGGGAGGCACAGCCUGCUGAGAGGUGUCCGAGGUGUCAUGGCCUCGUCUGGGAGGUGACAGACAGCGUAUGUUGAAGCCCCAGCUCUGGACCGAGCCGCUGAUAGACAACCUCGGCGUGAUCACCAAAGUUGAACUCAUUUGUUUAUGACCUUACACCUGUUCCAACAUAAACAACACCACUACUCGGGUUACACUCCUCCAUCAGAUGGCGUUCUGCUUGGCUGAGUUGCACUUGUGGUCCACCAAGAGCUCACUCCAAGUCAAAGAUACAGAUAUUGGCACCUAUCAGUACUACGAUAAAGGAGAGCCAGCCAAUCCCCUCGAGCAUCACUACUACAAUGAGAAACUCCAUUUCUGUGAAGCUCGAGGCUAUUCGUGGACCCCCAGGAACCGCCGACCGGAGAAGCUACGCGAUUCGCUGAAGGAGUUGGAGGAACUGUUGCAGACCAACACCUGCGUUCACACCAGAUGGAGGAAAAAGCAUUGCUGCCAGUUGAUCCUUAGCAGUGGCGUUCUGGUGACCCUGACCUUGAAUGGACCACAGCUCGAACAAGUGUGUGUCGACCGUACGUUAGUGGGCCGACUGCCAGCCAACACGGUGACUGACGCGGUGCUGAGCGACAGGCUGAUUCUGCUGUCCUUCCUGGAGCAGAGCCAAGUGGCUGCAGUCUACCUCAACCAAAAGAACCAGGGCUCCCCAGAGACUGGCAGGCGAACAGACAAACUCUCGCCCUCUGAAAUCAAGGUGUUGAGUGUGGACGUGAGUGGACGGGGUCGCAGGCUGCACAGGCGCGUCGGUCUCAACCGUCUUCAGGACGUUGCGUUCUGCUGGUGGAACCUGGACGAGCCCGGUGACGAGCUGUGGCCUUGGACUCCCACAGACGCACACAGGAACAACCUUGUCCUGCUCAGCUGCUCACCUGCUGAAGGCCUCAAGGUCCUCAGAUCUGUCCGGACAGAAGGCAAUCCCCUGGACUGUCGCUUCAGCCUGCUCCAGCCGUACCAGCUGCUGACAGUAGAGCUACCUGUCGGACCCCAAGGUUCCAGAGAGGGAUCCUGGGCUGACACCUGUGUGUACGAAAGUGCCCGAGAACGUCUGCGCCGCCUGUCCGUUACCCGUAUCCCGCUACCGUCCCAUCCCGUCUCCUGCUCACGUCACCCCCAUGAGGCCACACUUCUUCUGGGACUGAGUGACUCCUCUCUGGUCCUGUAUGACCAGCGACGAGGGGUCUCGCUCCUGGCCUCCUGUCCUGUAACUCCAUUGCUCCUCACCUGGCACCCUGCUGGGGCCUUGGUCAUGGUUGGGGGAGGGCAGGGGGAGCUGAUGUGCUUUGAUGUGGGCUUGGCACCUGUUAGCAUGGCUCUGGUAGCAGAGGAGAUUGCCUCAGCUGCUACGCUACGACUAGCUCAGCACCUGCGCUGCAGUGGAGGCCUGCAGGGACUGUGGUGGGGGACCAGCCUGGAGAGUGGACCAGAGGGGACUGACAUCCUGAUGUUGGCCCUUCAUGGAGGACCACUGGCAGCCUUAAGAUUCAGACUAGGGGCUCUGACUGGAGGCCAGAUGGGUCCAGGUGAGCUGCUGCAGCAGCGGCUGCGGUGUGGGCAGGUCAGAGAGGCGCUGGGCGUCCUGGAGGCCAUGGACUGGAGCAUCAUGGGAGACGAGUGCUACCGAGGCCUGAGUUCGAUCACCAACCACCUGCUGAGGCUGGAGCUGAAUGCAGAGAGAGAGGCCCAACUAGAAGCAGCACUGGGUGUGUUUUAUGCCCCACCUGCCCCUCUCUCUGAUAUGGUGAUACUUGAGUACAGGGAGCCAAUCAGCAAGUAUGCCCGCCGCUUUUUUCACCACCUCCUCAGACACCAGCGCUUUGAAAAGGCCUUCCUCCUCGCUGUAGAUUUAGAAGACAGAGAUUUAUUCAUGGACCUCCAUUAUGUUGCCAGCGAUAAGGGCGAGGUGGUGCUCGCAGAUGUGGCCAAGAGGAAAGCUAAUGAAAUCGAGGCCCAGGCCGUCGCAGGCAGCGAAGAUCCACUGAGAGGCACAAAUGGUGUGUCGUGUGGUUCCAGCCUCGGGGACAGACAGACGGAGAGGAACCAGAGUGCAACAGGAACUUCGUACUCCGGCACUCCCACAACACACGCUGAUGGACGAGCCAAUCAGAGGAGACCGCAACCAGAAAGCGUACGUGUGACCGUGAGCCCAGAUGUGUUCAGGACUCUGAGACAAACAGUUUGUUCUGCAGGGAGCAGCGAAGGUGUCGGAGACAACAGGAACGAAGAUGACGACCCCGGGAUGCUGCACGUGGUCCAUUUAGGAAUGGUCUGAAAAACAAACGAGGAUACGAUAAGAGCACUUUAUUGAUCCCAGUGGGACUGUGGAGACACAACAACAUCUCACCAACAGGCUCCCUCUCUCUCUCUCUGUCUAUAAUUUUAUAUUCACAGUAGAUGCUUACCUGUAUUAAUACACCUGGACACGGACUCAAAUGCUUAAUCACUGUAUAAUACAUGUAAAUACACGAGUUUUGUAUUAAUUUUUGUACGUUUUAAAACUGAAACACAGUGAUCAUUUUAUAGACCUGUCACAGUAUUUCUUUGAUAUUUCAGCCAAAUCAAAAGCAGCGAGCAGCUUGUUUGAUGUGAGUUCAGGUUAUUUUCUGUCUUUGUGAAGUCUGAAACUAAAUGAACCUUAAAAGAAAACAGUUACGACGGGUUCUGCCGUUAAAAAAACACGACAGAGAAUGUUUUAAACCUCGCCAUUAAUCAGCCUGAAAAAAUAAAGACUUCUAUUAUACUUCCAUCACCACUGA